CGAAUCACAAAUUAAACUUUAUGGCUGCCGAACACCGAUUGACUAUUACCGAACUAGAACUCUCUUGUUCCCCCGAAUAUUCUUUGGACUUUUCACCUAUCCAAAUACCAACGGAUGAAGUUGUAAAUACUAAAAAUUCAAAACGAAAA